CAAAUCUGUCUCCAAACGAGUCGUCGGACUCCUCGAGGUAGAGAACAUCACCAUCAACUCUGCUCUGUUUCUAUUUGACAUCAGCGAUUUUCAUGCUGGUUAUUCGCACUCGCCGGAUUUGUUUAACUACAUUCUUCGCCGAAUUGUGGACUCCCGACGCGUUUGCCCCCGUUAUCAGAAUCGUUCAACUCUUUGAAGCCCAGAAGUUCAAAUGCCCUGAAGUUGUGGCGUUGACAGUGAUCAAAGCGUAUGCUAAAACUUCAAUGCCUGAUAAAGCAUUAGAUGGUAAGGAGUUUCAGAAGGUGAAAGGGCUGUUGGAUUGGAUAAGGAUCAUAUUGGCCAAAGGUAGUAACGUGGUGGGUGCAAGGAAGAUGUUUGAUGAAAUGCCUGAGAAAGGAAUGAUACCUGAUGUUACUUGUUAUAACAUUUUGAUUAAUGGGUUUUUCAAGCAAGGGGAUUAUGUUAAAUGAGGUUUGGCAGAGAUUGCCGAAGGCAUCUUCUGUGUUCUCUAAUGUGAUUACUGAUAACUUAUAAUGUUGUGAUUAAUGGUUUGUGCAAAUGUGAGGGAUUUGAAGAGUGUUUGGAAAAAUGGGAUAGGAUGAAGAGGAAUGAUAGAGAAGGAUUUAUUUACAUGUUCUGAUAAAUGAGUUGAGAGAGAUGGUCAAGAGUGUGGUAUUGCCUGAUGUGGUAACUCACAAUGUAAUGCUUAAUGGAUUCUGCUGAGCAGGGAAGAUAAAAGAGAGUUUCAAAUUGGGGGAGGUCAUGGGGAAGGAGGGUUGUGAAAAUGUUACAAGUUAUUAUAACAUAUUUAAUGAAAGGCUUGUUGAGAUUGGGAAGGUGGGUGAAAAAAAUUUCUACAUGAGAGCUCGUGUCUGUUAAGUGUUGCAAUCCUAAUUCUACCACUCAUUAUGGAGUUUUAAUUCAUGGAUUGUGUAAGAAUGGGUUCUGUGAUAUCUACAACUUUCUGAAAUUAAGCACUGGUUUCCUUGUCCAUUAAAGGUGUACUUGAUCAGCUCAUGAAUGUGAUUUCUAGUUAGAAAGGCAGUUCUUUAAAAGUGAUUGAGAGUAUAUUGCAGACAAUUUCUUCUGACUUUUUCUCAAUCAACGACUACAUUUUUUAGCUGGCCCAGUAAUCCUGCAUUUAUCCUAGCUAUCUACAUCUCAUAUGAUUCUAUCUUGCAGAGAUGCUUCAUCUAUCCUGAAAAGCUUUCAGGAAAUAGACACUGGACAGUAUG